GAGCUGCGCCCCACGCCGCCCGGCACGGUCCCCAGCGUCGCCAGGCCGGGAGGCGCGCGGGGACUCCUCCUCUUCCCCGCCGAUAGGUCCGGGCGCGCGACCGCUGGCGAUCCUGCCAAGUGAGGAGCUGUCAGCCGCAGAGCGCCCAGGGCAGGGAGGAAUGGAAGAGCUCCUCCUCCCCGGCGCCGGCCGCGCAGCUCGGGCUGGCCGUGCGCGCAGGACCGGCCGCUGAGGAGCUGCGGCCAGCGGGACACUGCCCUCCUGCCAGGGAUUGAGGAGACAGAAGAAGGCUGAAGACAGGCUGAUGGGCUCAGUUGGUAGGCUCCACUACCUCACCAUGACUGCCGAAAACCCCACACCUGGAGACCUCGCUCCGGCCCCCCUCGUCACUUGCAAGCUCUGCUUGUGCGAACAGCCUCUGGACAAGAYGACCACACUCCAGGAGUGCCAGUGCAUCUUUUGCACAGCUUGCCUGAAACAGUACAUGCAGCUGGCAAUCCGAGAAGGAUGCGGGUCUCCCAUCACUUGCCCUGACAUGUUGUGCCUACACCAUGGGACCCUGCAGGAAGCUGAGAUUGCCUGUUUGGUACCUGUGGAUCAGUUUCAGCUUUAUCAGAGGUUAAAAUUUGAACGAGAAGUUCACCUGGACCCCCACCGAACGUGGUGUCCUGUUGCAGACUGUCAGACAGUGUGCCCCGUUGCAGCAAGUGACCCAGGACAGCCGGUGCUGGUGGAAUGCCCUUCCUGCCACCUGAAAUUCUGCUCAUGUUGCAAGGAUGCGUGGCACGCCGGGGUCUCCUGCAGGGACAGCCAGCCCAUCGUCCUGCCAGCCGAGCACGGGGCCCUCUUUGGGACAGAUGCAGAAGCCCCCAUUAAGCAGUGCCCAGUGUGCCGAGUUUAUAUCGAACGCAACGAAGGCUGUGCCCAGAUGAUGUGCAAGAACUGCAAGCACACGUUUUGCUGGUACUGCCUGCAGAACCUGGACAAUGACAUUUUCCUCAGACACUAUGACAAAGGACCAUGCAGGAAUAAGCUGGGCCACUCGAGAGCCUCAGUGAUGUGGAACCGCACACAGGUGGUGGGAAUUCUGGUGGGAUUGGGCAUCAUCGCCUUGGUGACGUCGCCAUUGUUACUUCUGGCCUCCCCGUGCAUAAUCUGCUGUGUCUGCAAGUCCUGUCGGGGCAAGAAGAAAAAGCACGACCCGUCUACAACCUAAGAUGAUCUCUGCGUGCACGUGCCACAAACGUCUGGGUUACCUGAGACAGCACAGCGCUAAAGCCCCACUUAGUGAUCUUGCCUCCUUCCCCUUGCCAAACUUUGGAAGUGCCUCUGUGUCCAGACUUUGAACUUGCCUUCCAGCCUCAGCAUCAGAAGAGGCUGAGUCAGUCCUGGGUGCCAGUGUUCCAGUGUCACCAGAGCUGCCACCGCCGCCCCAGGCUGUGCCCGCGGAGCACGUGGGGAGCGUUGGGGUUGCUCGGGAGGAACUAACCAACCAUUCUAUCAUCUGGACGAUCCCACUGGACUGUUCAUCUUCCAGCCAAAUCCAAGGAGGCUGAGCGAACGUUUCAUAUAAUAAACGUGUUGUCGCGGUUGGCAACAUUCACGCUAACUGAGAAGAGGAGUCUGCUCUGUUUGAUUUGAGCACCAUGAGAACCGGGGAAACCCGCUGUAGGAGGGGAAGGCUGAGACUGCGUGUGAGAAAUGCUCCUAAGAGCUGCAAAGCAGGCUGCUUAUCUGAGCAGCUGAUAGUUGUGCCUCUGCCCGUUACUGGGUGUGCUGUUCCCAACGUUCCCACAGUGACUUGGCACAAACACAAUGGGUUUCUCUUCCUGUGAUCUCAGCUUCAAGCAGCGGAGACUGCUGUGCAGAGGGAGUGGGCCCUUCCCAGUGAAAGUUCUGCAGCCCGAAAACAACGCGGUCUAAUUUAGGUGUCUCUCCUUUGGCAAAGGUUACUUUUCUAAGGUGACCAGCUUGUCUCUCACAGCCAGUAGCGGUGGCCUGAGGGAUUGGUUCAUAUGAAACAGGGGUAGAGUGGUAGAGGCUCAGAACAUUCAUCACAGAUGACAAGGACCUUCCCUGGGCUCUGUGUUCACACACCCAACAGACCUGGGCUUGGGUCUGACAGUCCACGACAGAGUCCAUAUGUCCACCUCUUAGAAGCCCCGUGGCUUGCAGCCUAUCUGGAAUGUCUACCCACUGGGCACACCUUAUAUGCUUGAUAGUAGAAACAAAUAUUUCCCUAAAAGCCAUUCUCUCGUCCUAGAAUUAAAAUGGCUCAUUAUCCAUCAACCUAAAGARUUUUUGCACAGUAUAUAUGUAGAUGUGGGUUGCAAGUUCAUGACUUACCCAAGGGGAUAGACCCAGAAAGAUGACUCUUUUUUAACACAGUACUCAGUUCAAAUCAUACCAUGUCUAUAAAACCAUGCAUUGAUAACCAAGAGAUGGACCUAUCUUCCAACCAUUCAGAGCAGCUCUCUGAAUAAUUUAGUAUUUCUCUGUCUGCAGCUGUUAAGACAUCUGAAUGCUCUCUGUGUGUACAAGGCACCGAUAAGACAACAACAAGAUACGUAAGAAACAAAAUGGGAACGCUAUUAUAUAUAUAUAUCUGAAAGAGAUUUAGAUCACCUCAUUGUGACUUACUUUUCCCAUUACACCAUUAGUCAGACUUGCAUAAAUGGGCCUGGAAAGACAAAAACAUUCUCUCCAGUGACAGGAUGAUAUUAUUGCCAUCAGCAGCGCAGCCUGGUGGCUCACAAGAGCUGUGCUAAAUGUUCACUGAGACCUCUCCCCAAAGCCAGGGACCCCACACUGGGAAAAAUCAGGRCCCGUCAGAUUUUCUGAGGUAACUAGGUUAUUACAUUGCUGCUAUCCUGGACCCCUGAUUAAAGUUGAUGCUUUUUCUAUGUGAUGGAACGUAUCCUAAGUGGGGAUGUAUAUAUUUAAGGAAUUUUAAGUCACACAGACAUAUGGAUAACUGAUAUACAUAGAGCACAUUGAUGGGUCAUGUCCUUUCUUAUUAGUGUAUACUAAUUAUACAGAAUAGUGGGUUCCGUYGUAUCAUGUUUGCAUAGGCAUUCACAUAGUUUGAUCAUUUGUCUUGUACUUUUUCAUUUAUAGUUUGAACUCUGGGAAAACUUUUGAAUGGCAGCCACCCCAAAUAAUUUUURAUCAUUAAUCAGAAAUUUCUCAAUAGUAAGUGACUUUGAAUCUUUUAAUACUUCAGGAAAAAAAAAACAACAACAUGAACUCCAUCAGUGUAUCUCACGUUGCUAUAAAUAUAAAUGUACAUAUAUUUGAAUGGUUAUUUGCCUUGUUUUACACCUAGACUACUUCCUCAUUAUAGGCAAAGGGCAUUCGUAACUGCUCAGGGGAUCAUAGGAACCCAACUGAAACUGGAUUUUUGUACCAAGUUAUACCAAGUUUGUACCAGUUGUGGCAAGGCACACCUCUGUUAGUAACCUCUCUGAGCUUGGUUCACAGAGGUUCUCCAAACGGGCAGAUUUCAAGUAACCCGAGUGCUGUGUUCUUAUGAACUUGUAGUAAAGGUAGAAGAAAAUGUCUAUGCUGUUUCCUYGGCAAAAUUAAAGGGAUUUGUCUUCUCACAGACAUUUUAUAACAGAAUUAGCUGCUUUUUUUUUUUUUUCCUUUGCCAGGGCUAGGCAAGGGGGGCGGGGGGUGUUUGUUAAACUGAUUUUAAAUAAAUGGAUUUAAUAUUUUUUAAUGUUGUAAAGUGCCUGAAAAAAAAAAUGGUGACUGAAAAUGCGUGUGAGUCGCCAGAAUCCACAGGAACAGGUGGGGAGUUUGAACCCACAUGUGUCUCUGGUGCGACCAGGGGCACAGAGCCAGCCAAGCCAGAGACCUCGUUUACACAGGAGAGAGCUGGUGGCCUGGGUGUGGGAGGCUGAUGCCAUCCUGUCCGGUAAUCGGCCAGGGACGGAGUAUGUACAGCUUGUCCCCUUCUUUCAGCUCUGUCUUACUUGCCCUGGUGAUUCUGUUUUAGGRAAAACGCCUGCAUCUACCUAAGACUGUUUGGAUGUUGUGACAAAGAUCUCCUUGUGUCUGGAGUAGUGCAGUCCAUUUGAAAUA